AUGAAAGAUACUAACUAUAGUGACAGCGGAAUAGCGACUGAUAAUAGAAAUGAGGAUGACAACGUCUGGCUGCACAAGACACUUGAGUCUUUCAGUUCUUCUUUUGACAGACAGCAGCAACAGAAUCAAGAAUUAUUUGCACAAACUAUGCAGGAAAUAAAAGAAUCUUCAACAAAACAGAUUGCUAUACAGCAAGCCAUGUUUCAGAAAUUUCUUGAGGAAUCAAAGGAAGAGAUAAGUCAUUCCCUAAGAAUCCCAGCAUUUGCUUCAACCCCGAGGCCACAUGCGGCUUCGGGAUUGAUGCAGACUGGACAGUAUCCUCCGGUUAGUUCACAGGUUUCAGAUGUUGCACCAACCCCAAGGUCACAUGGUCAUCCGACUUCUGGAUGGGCACCAUCAUCUCAGCAACCUUUGUUUGCUGGUUAUGCACCUGACUUCACCUCAGACCGAAGGGGAACAGACCGACCAUUUGACGAAACCUUGCGUGUCAUUGAAGCUAGGAAAGGACAGAGACCCUCUCCUUAUCAACCUAGCUCCCGAGGUGGACCCAGGUCCUUGGAGAACAACCAAGCAGCACCAAGAGGUCCUCAGACUAAACUCCCGACAUAUGAAGGCAAGGAAGAUAUUGAAGUUUUCCUUGUUCCAUUUGAAAGACUAGCAGAGCGGUAUAACUGGAUGGAAACUGAGAAAAUAGACCGCCUCUAUGAAAGUCUGAAGGGUAAAGCAAUGUGGUAUGUCUGCUCCUUGCCUAAAGCACUAACAGCCAACUACAUUUCAAUACGCGACAGCCUCACUAAACGCUUUGGGCGCAAAGACCCCCCAGCCACUGUUCGCAGGAAACUGGCAGAGAUUAGACAAAAAGGAGAGUCAAAUGAUGAGUUUGGUGAAGAAGUGCGUCGCUUAAUUACCCAAGCUUAUCCUGGUACUGACUUGGAAAUGCAAGAUCAACUUGCAGCAGAAUCUUUCUUAAGAGGAUACCGGAAUACCCGGAUUGCAUAUGAUGUGCUAAACAGAAACCCUAAGACACUUAAUGAAGCAAUAGAACUUGUCACAUAUCAAGAACAUAAUUACAGGGCCACUGUGGGGCGAGAUAAUGACUAUCAGAAGCGAGAAAGGACUAGGAGGGUAACCUGGACAGAUGAUUCUGAUGAUGAUUUUCCUCCUGAUGAUGAUGCAGAGACUCUUGGAGUGCAGCGGAUUCAGAAACCCUCAUAUAUCACCAUGGAGCAGCUAGACCACCGUCUUAAGCAAAUAGAGUCACAACUUAAACGGAAUCAGGAGAAAGAGAGAGUGAAACGUGACCACCUACUAAAGGAUAUAGAAAAUAGAUGUUUUCAAUGUGGACAGACUGGGCACUUCAAAAGUGACUGCAAAUCUCGACCCCAAACAGUCAAAUUGCAGGAACAGAAAUUGCCAACAGUAAAGGAAGAGACAUCAAAGACAGCAGAACAAAUCAAGUGCACAAGGCUUCACGGAGCAGGAAAGGGGAUCAUAAUCCCUGUCUUUGUGAAUAAUGUACAGACCAAAGGUGUUGUGGAUACUGGUGCAGAUGCUACUGUUUUCUCUUCUACCAUUGCCCAAGAGGCAGGGAUUGUUACUAGUAACUGCCAGCAAGUUCGACUCAUGAAUGCUGAAAAUGGUGCAGAAAUGACUGCAUUUGGAGGUGUCACUGCGACAAUCCAAAUUGGCAGCCAAUCAACCCAUUGGCCAGUAUAUGUUGCACCAAUACGGGAUUCUGUUUUAAUUGGGAUGGAUAUUCUUAACUCCCUAGAAGCUGUUAUAUUCACAGGACAAGGUAACCUUCGCAUUGGAAGGGAAAUUAUAUCUGGAACCCUAAGCUGCGAUAACAGUUACCCAGCUUGCAGCUCUGUAAUGGUCGAUGAAAGCUGUUGGAUACCUCCAGAGAGUGAGAAGAUUAUCGUUGGAAGAGUACAGGUACCACAAAGUGGCAUAUUGUCUGUCUUAGACAGUUGCAAUGAUGAUCUUCCUAAUGGUGUUUUGGUUGGAUCUUGCUUAGUCAAUAUGGAAGACAAAGUACCUGUUCGGGUUUUAAAUGUCAGAGAUAAGAAAAUUCGCCUUGCUAAGGGAACCCAUUUGGGAAAGUUGACAGAAGUCAGUGAGGAUAUUGGUUCAGCAGCAGUAAGUGUAGGUACAGCACAUCAAAUUGAAGUUGAUGAAACGAUAGGUAGAAAAGCUGAAAGCGAAACUGUACCAGCCCACUUACUGGAGCUUGCAGAGAAAUCUUCCAAGAAUAUGACGAAAUCUGAACAACAGGCACUUGUCAGCUUACUCUCUGAAUUUGAGGAUAUUUUCUCCAGAGAGGACUAUGACCUUGUCCCCUCAAGCUCCGCAUGGGCAUCUCCUGUAGUGUUAGUCCGAAAAAAAGAUGGUGGAGUACGCUGGUGCGUGGACUAUCGGAAGUUAAAUGAAGUCACACAGAAAGAUGCUUACCCUCUGCCUAAGAUUGAGGAGUGUCUUGACACCUUAGGGGGAUCCAAACUGUUCUCCACACUGGAUCUAAUGAGUGGGUAUCACCAGUUUGAAGUUCUUGAAAGUGACAGACCCAAGACUGCAUUUAUUACCAGACAUGGCUUGUUUGAAUACACAAGGAUGCCUUUUGGGCUCUGCAAUGCGCCCUCUACUUUCCAACGGGGAAUGGAAUUGGUUUUAAGAGGACUUCAGUGGAUCAUCCUUCUUAUCUACCUAGAUGAUGUAAUUAUUACAGGAAGUACAUUUCAUGAACACUUAAGUAAUCUUAGAAAGGUGUUUCUCCGAUUUCGGAAAUUUGGACUAAAGUUAAAGCCAAAAAAAUGCAGCUUAUUCCAAGAGGAGGUUGUAUUUUUGGGUCACGUUGUAAGUAAAGAUGGUGUUCGUGCGAAUCCCUUGCUGAUUCAAGAUGUGCAGAGAUGGCCAAUUCCAAGAAGCUUCAAAGAGCUCCAAGCCUUUUUAGGGUUGACGAACUACUAUCGCAGAUUUGUGAAAGGGUAUGCUGAUAUAGCUCGUCCUUUACACAACCUCACACGCAAAGGUGUACAGUACCAAUGGGGUGAAGAACAGGCGACAGCAUUUGAGGAGCUAAAAAUUGCUCUUACUUCAGCUCCAGUCCUUGCAUACCCACUUGCUGAGGGUACCAUGAUUCUUGACACGGAUGCUUCCAAUUUCAGCAUUGGAGCGGUCCUCUCUCAGGAACAGGAUGGCGUUGAAAAGGUGAUUUCUUUCUCCAGCAGACGCCUAGGACCUGUACAGGAGCGGUACUGCGUCACUCGACGAGAAUUGCUCGCAGUGGUUGCCUUUUGUCAUCAGUACAAACAUUAUCUGUUAGGCAGAAAAUUCCUCCUCAGAACUGACCACAGCAGUUUGGCAUGGUUAUUUCAUUUUAAAUCACCACAAGGUCAACUGGCUCGGUGGCUCGAAGAAUUGAGUCAGUAUUCUUUUGUCAUUCAGCACCGAGCAGGAAAAUCACAUGGGAAUGCAGACGCCUUAUCUCGGCUAGAUAAGACAACUUGUGAUUGUUACAGUGCUGGUUAUUGUUGGAAGUCGUUACCUUGUGGAGGGUGUGCAUACUGCCAGAGAGUUGAAGAGCAGUGGGAGAGAUUUACAGAGGAUGUUGAUUAUAUUGUACCACUGACAGUUCGUGAAGUAAGACCCUCUGAGCCUGCUACUUGCAACUGGUUGGAACAGGAGGAUUUAAAAACCGCACAAUCUGAGGACAAAGAAGCACAACUCGUAACCAACUGGUUGUUACAUGACAAACCGGAGUCAUGUGACGUAAGAAUCCUUGGCCCAGCAGCUAGGAGUUAUUUCCUCAAUUUUCAGCAGUUUCGUCUGGUCAAUGGGAUACUCCACUACGAAUGGUUGCAUGAUUCAGACACACGGUCACUGCGACUGUUUGUGCCAAGAUCACUCAGGCGGAAAGUAAUAGAGAUUUGUCAUGAUCCACCGUACUCUGGACACCAAGGCGAAAGAAGAACUCUGGACAGAGUAAAACGCAGCUUCUAUUGGUAUGGUCUGACAGCAGAUGUUCUGCACUAUGUAUCUAGUUGUGCCAUAUGUGGCACGGAAAAGAGAGCUUCGCGUAAAAGCAAAGCAGCAAUACAGUCCUAUAUUUAUGGUGCUCCACUAGAUCGUUUGCAUAUUGACGUGCUUGGACCCUUCCCUGCAAGUUCAAGUGGUAAUAAGUACAUUCUGGUAAUAACUGAUCAGUUCACCAAAUGGGUAGAGGCGUAUGCUGUUCCUGACCAAUGCAGUGAGACAACAGCAAAAAAGCUUGUGGAGGAGUUUAUAGCUAGGUUCGGCGCCCCUCCCGAGAUCCAUACUGAUCAGGGUAGAAAUUUCCAAAGGGACCUGUUCCGGACAGUGUGCAAAUUGCUAGGAGUUGCACAAACAAGGACCACACCUUAUCAUCCUUCUUCUAACGGUCAGGUUGGACGUUUCAAUAGGACUGUUUUGCAAAUGAUCCGGUGUUAUGUUGACAAAGAGCAGAAAACUUGGGAUGAGCAGUUGCCCCUCUUACUCUCUGCGUACCGAAGCACUCCACACAAAGCCACAGGAAUAUCCCCAAACUUUAUGAUGUUAGGUAGAGAGGUACACCAACCGGCCGAACUAGUUUUUAAGGACCCAGAGACAAUUCGAGACCCACUGGACACCCCAACGUACGUUGAGAAGCUUAAACAUGCUUUGAGCACAGCCCAUGAUGUUGCGAGAAAAUCUCUUCAGCAGGCACAGAUAAAACAAAAGCGUCUUUAUAAUCUGCGUGUUUCCAGUAAGCAGUACGAAGUCGGCGAUUUGGUUUAUGUCAACAAAAUGGCUAAACAAGUAGGCAAGUCACCCAAGUUGCAAUCUGUUUGGGAGGGGCCUUUUAUCGUCAAAAAGAAAUACGGGCCUGUUUUGUACGAGGUACAAGGACGAAAAAGGUCGGCUGUGAUUCAUCACGAUCGUCUUAAGGCAUAUACCUCUGAUUUCGUACCUGGCUGGGUCAACAGAUAUAUUCUCCCAGAACAAAACGACUUGGAAACCAUAUAG